AUGAGCCAGAUACCCCAAUUCCUGGUAGAUAACCUAUUCACAAGCUCAGCUACCACCUCCCGACCCCAUAUAACCUUGACAUGGGCCCAGUCACUCGAUAGCAAGAUCGCUGGACCGGGUGGUCAGAGGGUCAUUCUGAGUGGUCCAGAAAGCAUGCUCAUGACUCAUUGGAUGAGGUCCAUGCACGAUGCUAUAUUGAUAGGCGUCAAUACGUUGAUAUUGGAUAAUCCAAGAUUACAAGCAAACCUCUUACCACCCUCACUCAAUCUCCCACCGCCUCAACCUCUAAUACUAGACCCCAAACUUCGAUUCCCCAUCACAUCUCGGAUAUUAAACGAAUGGAAUACCAAGCCUGAUCAGAGGGGGAAGACAAUACGGCAACCGUGGAUCAUAUGCGGUGAGAACGUGCCUACCGAACGAGUGAGAGAAGUGGAAGGGGCAGGUGCCAGAGUCGUUCUUGUCAAGCUAGAUGAUAGAGGUCAUAUACCACCUUCGUCCUUACCUUCCAUAUUGACGUCUUUAGGAUUGCGAUCAGUAAUGAUAGAAGGUGGAUCAAGGAUAUUAUCCACGUUUCUUCAUCGUCCCAAGAGAGAUGACGGUAGUAAGCUAGUCGAUAGUGUGGUUGUGACUGUAGCACCUAUGUUCAUAGGUGAAGGUGUAGGGGUGGUGCCAGAGGGCGAAGAUGUGGGGUUACCAGCACUCAAGACUAUUCAUACGGAGAAGAUGGGAAAAGACGCCGUCAUGAUAUGUGAAGUUGAGUAG